GUGGUGGUGAGAGAGAGGGGGGGGGGGGUCCCGUGGCGAUUCCCCCGCGGGAUGUUACUGCCAUGAGUCGCUGAAAACCCGCGUAAUGGGCAACGGCAGUGAAACCACACUCCGCGACAUUUUGAACAUCGCGUGCUUGUUGCUGCUGCUGUAGAAGUUAUCCGGCCACACGAAAGAAGUUACCGCCUAGCUGACCCUCGCCAUGUCUGGGAAACGGAAGACUGAAGGGGCCGAUGUCGGUUCGACGAGGAGACGUCGAACCAUCAUCACUAUGGAGAUGAAGAUGGACAUCAUCAGGCGAUCCGAGAAAGGCGAAACUUCUGCGGCCAUAGGACGUGCACUAGGCCUCAACCGGUCGACGAUCGGGACGAUCAUAAAAGAUAAAGAGCGAAUCGUGGAGCACGUGAAGAUCGCGGCGCCUGUGAAGUCGAUCAUCAUUACAAAGCAAAGUGGCGUGCUCAGCGAAAUGGAAAAACGUUUGCUGAUGUGGAUCGAGGACCGGAAUCGGCGGUGUGCGCCCGUAAGCCUCUUGCAGAUCCAGAAGAAAGCGAAAAGCCUCUACGAGCAUUUGAAGCCGAAGGUUGGCGAAGGCGAGGGUGCGAGCAAAAGUGACAAGUUCGUCGCGAGUCGCGGAUGGUUUCACAGGUUUAAGGCGAGGGCGAAUUUGCGCCACGUUAAAUUGAGUGCGGCGAGUGGUCGUGUUGAAGCUGCAGCAGCAGGGACCACAGCUGCAGCAGCUGCAGCAGCAGCUCGUGAAUGCCCAGAAGGUUGGGCCGAUACGAUGAGCGAGGAGGAGGGCUUCAGUGCCCAGCAGGCGUUGAACGUGGACGAGACGGGAAGUUUCUGUAAGAAGACGCCUGGUCGCACCUACAUCGCCAAAGAGGAGGACGACGAGACGACUGCCCCACGCCUUGUAGCUGCUGCGGACGAUCCCGGCGCGGCUGGGGACACCGCGGACACGGCCGCUGACGAAGUGGCGGAGUUGGGAAAGCAACUUAAGCCGGAGCUUGAGGCUGACGAUGCUCAGCAGUUGCUCGGCAGCCAUUCGCAAGAGCUAACCAACGUGAAUGUCGUGGAACUUGAGGCGCAGACGCUUGCGGGCGAAGCCGAGGUCGCUGACGUUACGGAACCAAAGAGAUUCAAAACCAAACAAUUGGCGGAAGCUUUCGGGCACUUUGAAGUUGGCUUGGCUCUGCUUGAGGCGCAAGACCCCGACGCGUCUCGGUUCGCCAACGUCGCCAGAGUUGUGUGCGGUGGACUGAGUUGCUACAAAAAGAUUUAUGAAGAAGAAGAAAAGAAGGUUGAAAGGGAGCCAGAGCCGACAACAUCAACAUCGUCAGCAAUAACUCCAGAAAAGUCUCCCGAAGGGUGUCCUGCAUCGUCCUCGCCUGCAUCGCAGUCUCUUUACAAUUAGGCAUCUAUCCCUACACAAGCAAGCCAGCAUGAGUGUACUCAAGGUUCAAUAGGCGCUGUGAGGAGGUGUUGUACGGAGAGCUUCUAUUCAGGCCCACGAGCACCAUGGCAACAGGUGCACUCAGUGACUGGUACCCCUUUUCCACUGGCACAUCCGAGCCGUACAAGCACAGGGCCAACAUGGCUCGUGUGGUUUUCCAGAGGUAUUUUACCAAGCCAAAACCGAGCCAUGCAGCACUGGGCUCACAAAACAUUGUCGUAGCCUGGAACUAAUCGAGAGCUCUUUGAGAUUCAGUAUUUGUUAUUAAACUGAGAGCCAGAUGAGAUUGCUUUGUCCUGUUCUUUAAGCAUAGGACACCACUCAGAUUGACUACAGCAUUUAAUUAGGUUAUCAAUGUACAGGCAGUCCCCGAUCUUGCGAACGUAAACUCGCACUUGUGAACUGAACCGCGGAACUAUUUGGUUCGGCGCAGCGAUCCUCCGCGCGAUGAGUCUCAGCAUCCCGCAUAAUGCGCAAUGGGAGUGAACCGGUCGGCGACAUUUUGCGUCCAUAACAUCGCAUGCUGUUUAUGCUUCUGUGCAUAAGUUUAGAUAUCAUUACCGACCCUCACCACAUCUGAGAAACUGAAGGAACUGAUGUUGGUGGGUUGAGGAAACACCGCACCAUUACUAAGAAGGUGGACAUAAUCAAGCAGUUCAAGAAAAGUGAAACGCCUACGACCAUGGGGAUUAGGCCUUAACCCAUCCACAAUAGGAAAAAUAAGACAUCGAAUUGUCGAGCAUGUGAAGAGCUCGGUGCCUCUGAAGUCCACCAUAAUUACAAAGCAAAAGGAGUGCUGUGAUCAGCAAAAUGAAAAAACUGUUGCUUACAUGGAUUGAGGACCAGAAUCGGCAUCAUGUGCCAGUGAGCCUUAUGCUGAUCCAGGUAAAAGCAAAACGUUUGUACCAACAUUUAAAAGCUAAGCUAGGUGAAGGUGAAAGUGGAGAGUUUGUUACAAUAGAUUUAAAGCAAGGGCAAAUUUGCGAAACGUUAAAUUGAGUGGGGGAAGCUACUAGUGCUGAUGUUGAAGCAGGUCUUGAAUUUCCUAAUCGUUUGGCCGAUGUAAUUAUUGAGGAGGGGGGGUUCAGUGCUCAGCAGGUGUUCAACAUGGACGAGAUGGGAAGUUUUUGGAAGAAGAUGCCUGAUCGUACUUACAUUGCAAAAAAGUCUAUGCAUUUUAAGCUGGCUUGGCUGUCCUUGAGGCACAAGACUACGACGCGUCUAGAUUCACCAAUGUCGCAAGAGUUGUCAAUGAUGGGCUGAGUUGCAACAUAGAGUUUUAUGAAGAAGAUAGCAUCUGUCCAAGUUUCCUUUGGUUGGGUUUUCAUGAAGUUUGAAAGGUAACCAGAGCUGACCCGAUCAACAUCAUGAGCAAUGUCUCCGGAAAAGUCUCCUGAGAAGUCCCAUUCACCAUCCUCGCCUGCAUCACUAUCUUCCAAUGAAGCAUCUAUAUCUCUUACACAAGCAAGCCAGCAUCAGAACUCGAGGUUCACUAGGUGCUGAGGAGGUGUUGUAUGGACAGCGUCUAUUCAGGACCACGAGCACCAUGCCAACAGGUUCACUAGGCGCUGUGAGGAGGUGUUGCAUUGACAGCGUCUAUUCAGGACCACGAGCACCAUGCCAACAGGUUCACUGGGCGCUGUGAGGAGGUGUUGCAUUGACAGCGUCUAUUCAGGACCACGAGCACCAUGCCAACAGGUUCACUAGGCGCUGUGAGGAGGUGUUGCAUUGACAGCGUCUAUUCAGGACCACGAGCACCAUGCCAACAGGUUCACUAGGCGCUGUGAGGAGGUGUUGCAUUGACAGCGUCUAUUCAGGACCACGAGCACCAUGCCAACAGGUUCACUAGGCGCUGUGAGGAGGUGUUGCAUUGACAGCGUCUAUUGAGGACCACGAGCACCAUGCCAACAGGUUCACUAGGCGCUGUGAGGAGGUGUUGCAUUGACAGCGUCUAUUCAGGACCACGAGCACCAUGCCAACAGGUUCACUAGGCGCUGUGAGGAGGUGUUGCAUUGACAGCGUCUAUUCAGGACCACGAGCACCAUGGCAACAGGUUCACUUGGCGCUGUGAGGAGGUGUUGUAUGGACAGCGUCUAUUCAGGACCACGAGCACCAUGCCAACAGGUUCACUAGGUGCUGAGGAGGUGUUGUAUGGACAGCAUCUAUUCAGGACAACGAGCACCAUGCCAACAGGUUCACUAGGCGCUGUGAGGAGGUGUUGCAUUGACAGCGUCUAUUCAGGACCACGAGCACCAUGCCAACAGGUUCACUGGGCGCUGUGAGGAGGUGUUGUAUGGACAGCGUCUAUUCAGGACCACGAGCAACAUGCCAACAGGUUCACUAGGCGCUGUGAGGAGGUGUUGCAUUGACAGCGUCUAUUCAGGACCACGAGCACCAUGCCAACAGGUUCACUUGGCGCUGUGAGGAGGUGUUGUAUGGACAGCGUCUAUUCAGGACCACGAGCACCAUGCCAACAGGUUCACUAGGUGCUGAGGAGGUGUUGUAUGGACAGCGUCUAUUCAGGACAACGAGCACCAUGCCAACAGGUUCACUGGGCGCUGUGAGGAGGUGUUGUAUGGACAGCGUCUAUUCAGGACCACGAGCAACAUGCCAACAGGUUCACUAGGCGCUGUGAGGAGGUGUUGCAUUGACAGCGUCUAUUCAGGACCACGAGCACCAUGCCAACAGGUUCACUGGGCGCUGUGAGGAGGUGUUGUAUGGACAGCGUCUAUUCAGGACCACGAGCAACAUGCCAACAGGUUCACUAGGCGCUGUGAGGAGGUGUUGCAUUGACAGCGUCUAUUCAGGACCACGAGCACCAUGCCAACAGGUUCACUAGGCGCUGUGAGGAGGUGUUGCAUUGACAGCGUCUAUUCAGGACCACGAGCACCAUGCCAACAGGUUCACUGGGCGCUGUGAGGAGGUGUUGCAUUGACAGCGUCUAUUCAGGACCACGAGCACCAUGCCAACAGGUUCACUAGGCGCUGUGAGGAGGUGUUGCAUUGACAGCGUCUAUUCAGGACCACAAGCACCAUGCCAACAGGUUCACUAGGCGCUGUGAGGAGGUGUUGCAUUGACAGCGUGUAUUCAGGACCACGAGCACCAUGCCAACAGGUUCACUGGGCGCUGUGAGGAGGUGUUGCAUUGACAGCGUCUAUUCAGGACCACGAGCACCAUGCCAACAGGUUCACUAGGCGCUGUGAGGAGGUCUUGUACGGACAGCGUCAAAUCAGGCCCAAGACCACGAGCACCAUGCCAACAGGUGCACUCACAGUGACUUGUGCCAGCACCAGGGCCAAAAUAGCUGGUGGAUUUCCCCUGGCAUGUUACCAAGUCAGAACAGAGCCAUGCUACGAUUGCCUCACCAGACAUUCCUUGACUGUGCAUCGGUUUAGCUCCAGAGAUCUGCACAACAUUUCUCCACAAAUUUAAAGACUCCAGCUCGCAUCACGAGAUAAGGGCUCCCAUUUUGUGCGUUGAAUCCAGCUUCGUGAGGUUCGACCGUGUUCUGAAGAAGAGAGAUCAUUUCUGUCGUCCUUGGCCAAUCUGGCGUGGCUGGGUUGGGACCAGGGGAACCCUGUUGCUGUGCCCUUUGCACCCUCCCAGUGUGCUUGCGUGGCAUCUGCCACUUGUUAUCUUUCACUUGAUGAACAGCAUGGGCUGUUACUCUGAAGCAAUCGACGUUUAACCUCUCCAGCGUUAUGAUUAGCUUCCAGCCGCACAAUAGAACUCGAGCUUUGGGGGUUACGGCAGUUGCUCUAAUUGCAUGAGUCGUAAUUAUGUAAAAGUAUUUUGAAAGGGCGCUUGGGACGAUGCCAGCACCAAGAUUGGAAGGGGUGGCAGUGCGAGCGUCGAGCGUAUGGCACGACAUGGUGUGAACGUGUUGCAAUCCACAUCAGUUGCUGAUUUUACUCGUCGUGCUAAGCGACGCAUCGGUCCAAAAUGCCACGUUCGUGUAAGGUGUGCAUUGUAAAAGUGUUGCCGCACACCAGCUAAUGUUGUAACGAUGAUGAGUAAAAGGGAACGAGCAUACAAAAAAAACCUCACCACUUGUUAUCUAACACUGCCUGAUAACAGACUUUACAGGCAUUGUCUCACUCUUUGGUUCUUUCGGUAAAGUCACGUAGAAAGAAAAAAGAAAUUAAAUAAAAGCAUAUGACGUUUCGAUUGCAACACAAGCAAUCAUCAUCAGGUACAAACGAAAGAGAAAACAAACCUAGUAAACUUAGAAAUAUAGAGCAAUACAACACAGAGAGUCGGCCAACACAACAGUCAACAACCUACCUGGUUGACUACGUUCCUCCAAAGAUUGCUAAAUUUGUGAGAGAGACAAAACAGACACGAGGAGACACACAGACACAUAAGCAGAGAGAGACGCACAGUUUGGUUUCUAUCUCUCUCUCUGUGUGUCUCUGUGUCACAAUAAUAAUUUGUAUACCAGCUCUCUGGGCUGGUAUACAUAUUCGGAGACCUCAGUCAAAAUUACAAAGGCAUAAGGAGUACCAUUUUGAAGGUUUUGUCUCGUUAAAAAAAUAUAUGGCUCAUGAUAACUGUAACACGUAAGUUUGACACAUACACGAAUCUGAACCCUCGCUAUCCAUCCCAGUGUGGAUGAGCAAGUUCUUUCAUGUUAGCAUAACACCAUGGUAUAUGAGGAGCACAUAAGUGUACAAGUUAUUACGAUGAGAACUACACUGCUAUUUGGAUGAUUUACUGUGCCCAAAACAAGCCACUCGAUGACAUGGGCCCAGCAGUGUGGCCCAGCAGGAGUGCAUUUCCUGCUUGUUUCAGAAGUUCGCAGUUGGAAUUCAGCAGACCGCCCUGAUUAUUACCGCGGUGCGUACUAACUGUAAAAAAAUGCUUCGUGCCAUCUGCUUCGCGCACAGUGGACAAUAAAGAUUCCCGGGACAUCAUUUAAAACGAGGAGGCAAUUUUCCAGCAUUACGGGUCAAUGUUUUCCCAUUUGACAAAUUACACCGCAAAUUACUCAAUUUGGAUUAUACGUAGCAAUCGGCGCCUCCCUCCUGGCAGACUGAUAGUCCCUUACAGGCUGUUGCAAAUAUAAAUGCAAUAGAUGAUUAUGACUGUACAUAUACCCACAUCUUUAAAGCAUUUGAAAUGUAUGUUUGAUGUUGUGGCGCUGCAGCUGUUUGGCAUUCUCUUUGAGCGUUGGUGAUAUGUUUCUGGAUUAGUUCUAAUAAAUAUUCCAUGCGCUGGGAACAAG